AUAGUUUGAAGGCGAACCUGGAAAAGGUCCAUUGUGUUGACAGGUCCAUCGUGGAAUAAAAAUAAAAAUAACAAGGCGCGUCUUUCGAAAUUACAUAAGGACGCUCGUCCAUGCUCGGCUUAUUAACAAGCGCAAACAAAACACGCGCUUUGGUAGCUACUUAUAAGUAUACUUAUAAGUAGGAUGAAAAAGACGACAAGGCGAUGGAAUAAAAAUGACGUGUCAUAACCUUACUUUUAUCGUAUCCAGGGGAUGCCCAGCUAGGAUUGUGCAGACUCCUCCGAAACCUCCGCUCAGGAAGUACUUGAUCGGACUCACGUUUUCCGACAUAGUUGCUAAUUGAUUUGCUAACUACUUGUAUAAACAAAAAAUGGAUAAUUUAACGUGGAGAGGAUGCAACUGCAGAUGAGAGGAACGGACGAAAGGAGCGGGCCCCGAAAAAUAUACCUGUACAAAAACGACCACUACGAGCACGAGGAGUACGAGGAGUAACAGGCACUGUGAAAUCGCUGCAGCUGCUCUCUGAUGCCCCUUUCAUCAGCGAGAGAAUCGUGUCCCGACUCUCUGCGACCAUCAGGGGUCAAACUAAUGAAGAAUGCAGAUUGCUUUCUAUUAAGCUUAAUCAUCGACGUGCUUGCCUGGCAAGUAUCGCAGCAUAUUCAAAACGGAAUGUUAUUUGAUUAGGGAGGAGAAUAUUCUGGCAGAGAUUAUUCCGGAUAGUAUCGUCAUCGAAGCAAGAUCCAAGUGCAUUGAUAUGGGUAAAUCGGCGAAAGCUUCAUCUCGAAAGAAGGCCCCGAAGACACGUCGGUGAGCAGACCAAGUCAUCCUCCGAUAGCCGAGAUGGUCAAUGAGGCCAUAUCAACUUUGGAUGAGAGAAAGGGAUCAUCGCUCAAAGCUAUUAAGAAGUACAUCGCCAGUGUCUUCGUGGCCGAUCACGUCAAGGAGAUAGCCGUCUACUGCCGUCUACAUCAAGAAGUAUCUGAAGACUGCCGUCAAUAACAAUGUCAUUGUGCAGACUAAGGGAACCGGUGCUUCCGGCAGUUUUAAGCUAGCCAAAGUUCAGGCCGAGAAGCAGCAGCAACGGAAGGCUUCAACUCUAGACCGCGUGAAGCAAGGGACAAAAGCUGGCGCAGAAAGGAGGGAAAAAUCAGCUAAUAGAAAAAAGGCCGUCUCGCAAAAAUCAGAAGAGCCAAAAAAUGCCAAGAUUUCUAAAUCUCCAUUGAAAGCUAAGAAAGCUGCAAACAGUGCAAAAUCCAAGAUGCCCAAGCAGAAGGUCACGUGUACAACUACUGACAAAGCGGCAAAGAAGGCAUCGGCGAGCACAUCCCGGCCGAAAACAGCUGGAACCAAGUAGCCUACUGAGAAUUACGGAAGAUGAGAUGACAACGCACUCGCACUUCGACAGCAGCAAAGCGCGUAACUCGGCGACCGAGAAAAUGCUUUCUCGAGACUGGAGGCAAGCACUGCGCACCCCGCACAUUUACAGGGUCGGCAACAGUACCCUGAGGGUUCAGAGUCACUUUGUCGUUUUUCUGCUGUUUCUCUUCCUCGUCGUUUUUCUGUACUAUGGGUAUCCUCUGGUCAGUAGCAUGGUCUGCACACAGCCCAUACAGAAUUCACUGCCACCGUGCCAGUACUACUUCUACAACAAGACUUAUCCUCUGACUGCGCCAGUUAAGCAGUUUACGGGUAUGUCCUAUGCCAUAGCCAUUGUCACUGAUCUGGAUACUGGAUCUAAAAGUGCAGAUCAUCAGAAUACAUGGCAGAGUUUUCUGAAGAAAGGUCAUCUUACUUGGAUGCCAUCUAGAAAUUUAAUAUCGGUCAAGUGGGAAGACGGAGUGACCACGUUGUCUUCUUCGCUGGGACUUAAAGGACGAGGGAUGGAACUGUCAGAACUUGUUACCUUUGAUGGUAGGUUACUCACCUUUGAUGACAGAACUGGCAUGGUUUAUUUCUUUGACGGAGACAAAGUUUACCCUUGGCUUGUACUCAUGGAUGGAAAUGGAAAAAGUUCAAAAGGUUUUAAAUCAGAAUGGGCAGCAGUAAAAGAUGAGCAAUUGUACGUUGGAAGUAUGGGCAAAGAGUGGACUACCGCUAGCGGAGAGUUUGUAAAUAAUAAUCCGCAAUGGAUCAAAGUUAUUUCUCCUCAUGGGGAAGUACACUCUAAAAAUUGGAUGUUAAACUACAAACGAUUGAGAGAAGCAAUCAACAUUGAAUUUCCUGGUUAUAUGAUUCAUGAGUCUGGUGCAUGGAGUAAUAUCCAUCGCAAAUGGUUUUUUCUUCCUCGUAGGUGUUCAAAGGAGCAGUAUAAUGAAACCAAAGAUGAGACGAUGAGUUGUAAUGUACUGUUAACUGCCGAUGAGACAUUUGUAAAUAUCGAGGUUACACAUAUUGGUACUCUUGUGCCUGUCAGAGGCUAUUCAAGUUUUAAGUUCCUACCGGGCUCAAAGGAUUCUAUCAUUGUUGCCUUGAAGACUGAAGAAUACCAAGGCGAAACUGCUACCUACAUUACAGCGUUUAACAUCGAUGGACGAAUCAUUAUGCCUGACAUCAAAGUAUCGGAUAAGAAAUUUGAAGGCCUGGAAUUUGUAUGACAUUCCUUAUCACUUUUCAUCUAGUGCUAUUCGAUACUGUCUACAAAGUGUAAAUAAUUGUACAAAGACGUGGUAUAGUUUGAGAUACUUGUUUCACUAACUCAUUGCAAAUGAGAAAUUACAGGGAGUUUGAUAUUAUUCUAGUGCAAAUGUUGGAUAGAAACUUAUAAUAGACCGGAGGUUACAAAGUAGGUAGCCAAUUUUGAGAUUUGUUGAACGGAAAUCGUUGCUCUUUCAUUAUUCAAUUAAAGUAGCUUACAAAGAAUUUCGAUAUUUCGUUUUGGAGAUGCAAAAUUUUUCAUGCACUUGAGAAUUUUAAUUUUGCUAGAAUGUUUUAUAGAACGAUGAAAAUGCAUAAACGAUUGCAAUUUCUAGUGAUAAAUUUACAUCGUGUAUGAAUAAUGAUUAGUGUGUCUAUGCACACAGCUGUAUGAUAAUGAAUUGUCAAUGAUGGGUCGAUUUUGUACUAUUUUUGUUGUGUACAAUUUCUAAAGUCAGUACGAUGUGACUACCAUUGUGUUGGAAUGUUGAUUGAAAACAUUUUACUUUGAAUAUAACAAUUUAUUUUAGUUAAAAAA